UAGUAAUGCAUGCAGCAGUAACCGAAAACCCUUGUCCAAGUGACUUGGAAUAUGUAGUGGCCGACAUGUGUACAAACGAUAUUGUAGAAGAAGAAAGUGUGUAUGGCAGUAGUCGAGUUGACAGCGUAUUAUUACGUAUAACGAAACAACAAAACAACUGUAUAUGUCAUGUUAGUUUACAAAAAACUGUACAUAAUUAUACAAUAUACAUGUCAAAAUACGACGGACGGAGUAGUUCAGCCCCGGAAUUACAGAACUGUGGACUUGUAGUAGAUGUAGAAUAUGUAGAUACAUCGGAUAUAACUCAAUCCCUACCACCGAUUGAAUGUACAAGUGGAACUAGGAUGAGAUCAAUUGAAUUGGGAGACAGUCAGCUUAUAUUCAAAUCAAGGAUUGUAGAUGGUGACCUCACCAGGGGAUAUUGUAUGCAAUUAUUUAGAUAUCAAUCAAUAGUUUCAUGCAAAAUGAACCACCAGGCGGGGAAAGCAGGUUCAGAUGAAGAUUGGAUAGAGACAAUUGGUACACAGCACACUUCCAUUGAUGAAUGUAAAAAAUAUUGUCUACAAACCGAAGCAUGUGUAGCUAUUCAUUUUGAGGGAAGAUAUUGUUUUUUAUACAACAGGACAACUAGAAUUGUCACAAACGAUGUUGCAAUUUAUUCACAAAAGCAUUGUGUCGACACUCAAAAUUUGAAAAUAAGAUGUUACCCUCCAGAAUCAACAACCCAAACAGACCAGGUUAUCACUUCGGAUGACACCUUUUCAACUAAAUCAGUAACAGUUUCAAGACAAAUCGGCGAUAACCACGUGACAAAUUCUACCACUAAGUCAUCUAUUGCGAGAGAGAAGGAAAUUAUCAAAGAAACGUCUACCUCAUUUAUGGUGGCAUUAGUUAUUGCUAUUAUCGGUUGUACCGUUGCUGUCUUUUUUGCUGGUACAACCAUAUUUUAUAGAAGACAAUUGCAUACACAGAACAGUAAUAUUGUGUUAGCGCCAAGCGUUAAUUAUGUUGACCUUAGUAGAGCAAGAGAUGAUUCCAACUAUAGCGCUAUCAAUUCUCAAGCGGUGAACGAACAACAAUAUGAGACAGUCAAUCAACGGACAUAAAUACGUUCGAGAUUUGAUAUAUAUUUUUCUCGUAAAUAAAAAUUGUAUUAUUCGGA